AAAAAGAAAACCUGGCAGAUUCUCGCGAGAGUUUCAGUGACCGUGCGCUGAUGUUCUCUAACACUAAGCAGGAACUCGCUGGUUAGCUCCCGCGAAGCGUGACUGCUGUAAAAUUAGAAACGCUGCUUUUAUUUUCGUGACUGCAAAUACGUAUUCAGGUUUCGGGUCAGAGGAACCAGGAAGUUCUGCAGAACCAGCGGAGGCCUUAAGGCUUUCUUCGCUCCCCUGAGCGUUAAUCUGUUUUAACGAAACCCGUCUAUCGGAACAAAUAGAGGAGAGCCGCGUUCGUUCCGACCCGAGCACAAAACAUGUCGAAGGCUCCGGAUUCUCCGUCCAGACUCCGCUCCAGAUCCCGGUCCAGGUCGUACUCCAGAUCCAGAUCUAGAAGCCAUUCCCGUUCUAGGUCCAGAAAGCGCCGCUAUAGUUCUAGGUCUCGCUCCCGUUCCCACUCUCCGUCCUACAGAAACUAUCCCUCCCGGGACUAUCAGAGCAACCGAGGAGGCUUCAGAGGCUACAACCGGGGCUACCGCCGCCCGUUCCACUUCAGGGGCCGGAACCGGGGAUUCUACCCCCGCGGAAACUACCAUAACCGGGGAGGCGGCGGCUACGGCUACAAGUCUAACUGGCAGGGUGGCGGCGGGGGCGGUGGCGGAGGUGGUGGCGGGGGCGGCGGAGGCUGGCACGACCGCCGCCAUGACCAGGAGCACCACAGUCCGAGGAGGGGGCGCUCCCGCUCCCGCACACCCAAGAAGCGCUCGGGCAGCCGGAGCCGCUCCCGCUACUCGGACCGCUCCUCGUCCGGACGGUCCCGCCACUCCAGGCGCUCCAGCUACUCCUCCAGGUCCCGCUCCUCGUCGCCACGGCACCGCAGCAGCAAAGGUCGCCGCAGCUCCAAGGAUGUGAAAGACAAGCGGGCCGAAGGCUCCGCCGAGAAACCGGGACCGGCCGGGGAGGGCCGCAGCAUUGAGAAAGAGUCCGGCGGGAAAUGGAUCGACUUCGACACCAGCCCAAAACGGGCCAGCCCAGACAGGAAGAAAGAAGACACCUCCUCCGGCCCUGAGGGCAGAGGAGGCGGAUCUUCAAUGUGGAAAACUGUGGGCUCUCCUUCCCCGCCCCCAAAAAGCCCCGGAAAGUCCGGACAGAGCGCCACCUUCAGCGGCUUUGGCUUCUUCUCAAAGGAUGAUGCCAAACCGGCAGACAACUCUGCGAUUUCCGUUGCCUUUAAGAAGUUCCUUGCUGAGAACAAAAGCAAGAAGCAGGCAGCAGAGAAGGAGAGCAGCAGAGAGAAGGAGGCGCUGUCUGCAGACCGCGAGCAGGAGAAAAGUUCCAAGUCUGCCGAGAUCUUCAGCGUCUCUUCCGCUGCCUACGCCGACUCUAAAGACGACAAGACCCUGCCGUUCUUCGACCCCGGAGAGGAGGAGUUCCUGAAGUCGCAGGGGCUGAAGGAGAGAGUCGUUCCGGACGACGCCGAGGUCCAGCGCACCCCCACGGCCCGAGAUAUCUUUGGGAAGUGGGGGGAUGAGCCCAGCUUCUCCGCGUCUUACUCGUCCAAGGAGAAGGGUCGCCGAGAGGCUAACGAGCCCUCCGACGCCAUGGAGGACGAGAUGUACCAGGUUCGCAAGCUCUCCAAGAAAGAGGAGAAGUCCAAGAAGAAGGAAAAGAAGGAGAAGGAGAAGCAGAGGAGGAGCGCUUCCCCCGGGAAGGAGCGGCCACUCUUCCCUGGCGCCUUUCCUUCCUCAGAUCCGUCGCCCGUGCGGCCGCUCUCCGCCUCCAGGGAAGACUUCGAGCUCAAAUUCAGCGCUUUGGAGGAGCUGCCGAGCUCCUCGGCCUCCAAGGACCGCCUCCUACUGAACUCCUCCAAGAAGGAUCCGGAGUUCCGCUCCAUUUUCCAGCACAUCCAGUCGGGCCAGCUGCGCCGCAGCCCGUCAGAGCUGUUUGCGCAGCACAUCGUCUCCAUCGUGCAUUACAUCAAAGCUCAACACUUCCCUUCCUCUGACAUGAGUCUGAGUGAACGCUUUGCCAUGUACCAAAGAAAAGCUGCAGAGGCAGAAAUGAUGAAACCAAGGAAGAGCCCAGAAAUCCACAGGAGAAUCGAUGUCUCCCCCAGUGCCUUUAAGAGGCACCCUCACCUCUUUGAGGAUUUGGACGAGUCGAGCUACAAGGAUCCAGGGAAAAAGUUUAAAGGAGACGUGAUGGACCUCCGCCUGGAUAUUGAGAGACGUAAGAGGUUUGCUGGGAGGGAACGCGACUACAAGCGCGAGGGAGGCAGGAGCCCCGAAGGCUCCCGAGGACCCAGCAGGGAACAGUCCUCUGAGAAAACCGGAAAACACCAAAAGAAGUCCAAGAAAAGUAAGAAGAAGAGGGACCGCUCUCCAUCUUCCUCCUCCUCCUCUUCCUCCCCGUCCCCUUAUCCUCCUCCUUUCAGGGGCAAAGAGUAUGUUGGGGAGGGGAUGGAGCACCCAGAGGAGAACUACGGUCACCCGCGCUAUCCUCCGAGGGACUAUGGGGGCCCCGGAGAGAGAGGCCCCCGAGAUUACGAGGGCCACAUGGCAGAGAGAGGAAGAGGCCGAGGAUUUUUCCCCAGGAUCCGAGGAAGAGGCUGGAGCAGAGGGAAUUAUCCUGGCAACAGUAAUGGAAACCCCGCCAAUAUGAACCCUCCGGUUCGCCCCCCCGAGGAGGAGUGGGACCCAGAAUACACCCCCAAGAGCAGGAAGUAUUACCUGCACGACGAUCGCGACGGAGAAAAAACUUGGAUUGACAACCGUGGCCGAGGCCGUGGCUCCUUCCCGCCCCGCCGCGGCCGCUUUGUGUACCGGAAGGGGGGCAGCAGCCCCAAGUGGGCCCACGACAUGUUCCAGGGGGGCGAGGAGGGCGAGCUGGUGGACGAGGGGGGCGAGGGGGAGCAGAAGGAGGGCAAGGGCGGGGCCGAGGGCCUUAAGCCAUGAAGCCGCCGCCCCCUCUCCUCCCCCGACGGUUGAAUCGUGUUUGUGAGUGUAGACGAGACGCGCCGUUACUGUGAGAGUUUUAGAUUUCCUUCUUUUUAACCGUCAAAGCUUCAUCUUCCUUCCUGCAAAUAAAACGCUCCGUGCCUUAGAGGAGGAGAGCGCCCGAAGGCUUUCAUCUGUCGUUCACCCGGAUCCGCGGGACCAAUCAUCAGCCGCCUCCAUCCGACAGGAGCGUCAGUCCUGUCCAGCAGCCUGAGCUCACCGUGUGUGCACGUGUGCUUGUGCACGUAGCAGUACAUUUUCUCUGGUUUGUUUUGGGUUUAGCGCCGUGUCUUUAGAUGAAAACGGUUUGGAAAUGUGUCACAUGGGAGUUUUCGUGAAGCCGCAGUUUUAAAAAAAAACAAAACAGUCUGAAAACGUGAAGAUUUGUCUGAAGAUUAACAGAACGGGAAAACUGCAUGGAUCCAAGACUCAGUUUUUUUCAUUUUUACUGUUCAUGCUUUGAAUUAACUGUAAUUUUCAAUAAAUCUCUCUGUGAUUCAGAA